UUCAGUUUUGGUCUCCUUUACAGGAAUAGCUAUUCACAGUCAGACAGAACCACUUACACGUUUUGCAGUAUCUCCUGAGGAAGUCAGAGUCUGAGCCAGCAUGAAGAUUGAAUCUUGUCUUUGGUCUGAUAUAUCUUUAUUGUAACCAUGUGCAAGGUGGAGGUUAUAGCAUGGAAACUAAAAUCUUACUUCCUGCCUGACAUAACUCACUUCAAGAAGUACACAAUGUCAGAACAUGGGAUUAAGUGGGCCUGUGAAUAUUGUACGUAUGAAAAUUGGCCGUCUGCAAUCAAGUGUACUAUGUGUCGUGCCCAGAGACCCAGUGGAACAAUUAUUACAGAAGAUCCAUUUAAAAGUGGUUCAAGUGAUGUUGGUAGAGAUUGGGAUCCUUCCAGUACCGAAGGUGGAAGUAGUCCUUUGAUAUGUCCAGACUCUAGUGCAAGACCAAGGGUUAAGUCUUCAUACAGCAUGGAAAAUGCAAAUAAAUGGUCAUGCCACAUGUGUACAUAUUUGAACUGGCCAAGAGCAAUCAGAUGUACCCAGUGCUUAUCCCAACGUAGGACCAGGAGUCCCACAGAAUCUCCUCAAUCCUCAGGAUCUGGUUCAAGACCAGUUGCUUUUUCUGUUGAUCCCUGUGAAGAAUAUAAUGAUAGAAAUAAACUGAAUACAAGGACCCAGCAUUGGACUUGUUCUGUUUGCACAUAUGAAAACUGGGCUAAGGCUAAAAAAUGUGUUGUUUGUGAUCAUCCCAGACCUAAUAACAUUGAAGCAAUAGAGUUGGCAGAGACUGAAGAAGCUUCUUCAAUAAUAAACGAACAAGACAGAGCUCGGUGGAGGGGAAGCUGCAGUAGUGGUAAUAGCCAAAGAAGAUCGCCUCCAACUACAAAACGGGACUCUGAAGUGAAAAUGGAUUUUCAGAGGAUUGAAUUGGCUGGUGCUGUUGGUAGCAAGGAGGAACUUGAAGUGGACUUUAAAAAGCUAAAGCAGAUUAAAAAUAGGAUGAAAAAGACUGAUUGGCUAUUCCUCAAUGCCUGUGUGGGGGUGGUGGAAGGUGAUUUAGCAGCCAUAGAAUCAUACAAGUCAUCAGGAGGAGACAUUGCACGUCAGCUCACUGCAGAUGAAGUACGUUUGCUGAACCGUCCUUCUGCUUUUGACGUUGGCUACACCCUGGUACACCUGGCCAUACGCUUUCAGAGGCAAGAUAUGUUAGCAAUAUUACUUACAGAGGUGUCUCAACAAGCAGCAAAGUGUAUUCCAGCAAUGGUGUGUCCUGAACUGACAGAACAAAUCCGGAGAGAAAUAGCUGCUUCUCUUCACCAGAGAAAGGGAGAUUUUGCUUGCUAUUUUCUGACUGACCUUGUAACAUUUACAUUGCCCGCAGAUAUUGAAGAUUUGCCUCCAACAGUUCAAGAAAAAUUAUUUGAUGAGGUGCUUGAUAGAGAUGUUCAAAAAGAGCUAGAGGAAGAAUCUCCAAUUAUAAACUGGUCUUUGGAGUUGGCUACACGUUUGGACAGUCGAUUGUAUGCACUUUGGAACCGGACUGCCGGAGAUUGUUUACUUGACUCAGUACUACAAGCUACUUGGGGCAUUUAUGACAAAGACUCGGUGCUUCGGAAAGCCCUGCAUGACAGCCUCCAUGACUGUUCACAUUGGUUUUACACACGCUGGAAAGACUGGGAAUCGUGGUAUUCCCAGAGCUUCGGUUUACACUUUUCACUGAGGGAAGAACAAUGGCAAGAAGACUGGGCAUUUAUACUCUCUCUAGCUAGUCAGCCUGGAGCAAGUUUGGAACAGACACACAUUUUUGUACUCGCACAUAUUCUUAGACGACCAAUUAUAGUUUAUGGAGUAAAAUACUAUAAGAGUUUCCGGGGAGAAACUUUAGGAUAUACUCGGUUUCAAGGAGUUUACCUGCCUUUGUUGUGGGAACAGAGUUUUUGUUGGAAAAGUCCAAUUGCUCUGGGCUAUACAAGGGGCCACUUCUCUGCUUUGGUUGCCAUGGAGAAUGAUGGGUAUGGCAACCGAGGUGCUGGUGCUAAUCUCAACACGGAUGAUGAUGUCACCAUCACAUUUCUGCCUCUGGUUGACAGUGAGAGGAAGCUUCUCCAUGUACACUUCCUUUCUGCUCAGGAGCUAGGUAAUGAGGAGCAGCAAGAGAAACUACUCAGAGAAUGGUUGGACUGCUGUGUGACCGAGGGGGGAGUUCUAGUGGCUAUGCAGAAAAGCUCUCGGAGGAGAAACCACCCAUUGGUCACACAAAUGGUAGAAAAAUGGCUUGACCGCUACAGACAGAUCCGGCCUUGUACAUCCCUGUCUGAUGGAGAGGAAGAUGAAGAUGAGGAGGAUGAAUGAAAAGAAACACA